UACGUGUUUGUCAUAUAACAUGAGUCCCAAAAAUUGCAUAAUUUUUAUUUAUUAGUGCUGCAAAUCAAAUACAAAGUAACCAAAAGUGCUUCGCUACGCGUGUUAGUAGUAAUAAUCGCACAUUUCACACAAACAAACAUUAUGAAUUUAAGCUCAAAAUGUCGUCAAAUGUUAAAGUUAGUCAGUAAUGCCUCCAAAUUUCGACACAAUCAUCUUCCUCAGCGAUUUUGCGGCACACUUUCGACGAGAUUACGAUUUUAUGAUGCCCUGAAGCCAAACAAAUGCUUGUCAAGCGUGCCGGAGACGCAUUUCCGGCAACUUUUGUGCUUAUCAUCAAGUAGGUCAGCAUCUUCGAACUCAUCAUCCAAUACUCCAACUUCACAGAAAGAUGAGGAAAAAGUCAAGCCGGGAGAUGAAUUCGAGAAUUUGGGAUUAAUUGCGCGAUUUAAAAAGAUGUACAAGGAGUAUUGGUAUGUUUUGGUGCCUGUUCAUCUCGCGACAUCCGCAGUUUGGCUCGGAACCUUCUAUUACGUAUCGAAAAGCGGGAUGGAUAUCGUCGCUAUCAUGCAAAGUUGGAAUUUCAGUGACACGCUCAUUAAGCCGUUUCGAGAUUCGAGUAUGGGACAUGUUGCUGUUGCUUAUUUGUUGUACAAAAUUGCUACUCCAGCCAGAUAUACCGUUACUUUAGGAGCAACAACAGUCGCUAUCAAGCAUCUCGUACGUCUCGGAUACAUCAAACCUGUCCCAUCACGCGCCGAAAUGUACCAAAUUUAUCAGGACAAGAAGGAAAGUGUUCAAACGCGCGUUGCCGAAAAACAACAAGAACUCAUCGAGAAACGAGACGCAUUAAAAGAAGAGUUAAUCGAAAAACGUGACGCAAUGAAGGAAGAACUCAUGGUAAAACGCGAUGCUAUGAAAGAAGAACUCGAAACAUUCAAAGAAGACUUUCGAGACAGCAUGAAAACUGUCGGCACAGUUUCAAAUCCGCAACCUCCGACAAUUCCCGAAGGAGAAACAGAAACCUCAGACGCGACGAAAAAAUCAGAAACAACCAAAAAAUCUGACAAGGAGACAAAAAAACUUUGAAAGGGGCAAUUUAUCGAUUUGUGAAUCGAUUCGAACGAAAAUGUUUAAUAUAUAAAAAGAGAUGAA